AUGGCGAGAGCAAUCGGAAAACUAGUGGAAUUUGCACCAGCAAUUCAAACAUGGGAGGACUACAUCGAACAAUUUGAGUUCUACCUUGAAGCCAACAAUAUAACAGAGGCCAGUAAAAAACGGUCUACUCUUCUUACCGCGGUAGGUGUUAGAAUAUACCCUACAAUAAAAUCACUCAUUUUGCCGAAGGCACCGAAAGAAGUGUCAUAUGAGGAAAUAGUAGCUAAAUGCACAGCUCAUUUCGGAAAAACAACAAAUGAAUUACUAAGUAGAAUCCAUUUCCACAAGCGUGACCAGUUAGAAGACGAAUCACUUCAGGAUUUCGUACACGAAUUGAGAAAACUGGCGCAAGACUGCAAAUUCGGAGGCCGAACACAAAAAUUACCUUUGGAAACAAUGCUUCGCGAUAGAUUUGUAGCGGGCAUUAGAAACGAAGAGCUGCAGAGAUAUUUAUGUCGAAGACAUGAAGAAAUGGUGACGGAAUCAAAUCCCGAUGGACUCACACUAGACAAAGCUCUAGAAAUAGCUCGCAGCGCUAAAUUGACCAUCGAUCAACAGAAAAUAAUUAAACAAAGAGAAUUGAAAUCGGUUAAUAAGAUAAUAAAAAAGGACAGGGAAAAAGAAAAUAAAAACAAUCGCGGAAAGGAAUGCUACCGAUGCGGGUAUAAAAACCGCACGGCAGAUAAUUGUUUCUACAAAAAUAUUAAAUGCGACUCGUGUUCCAAAAUAGGGCAUUUGAGUCGAGCCUGUAAAAGUAAACAGAAGGAAUCGUCGAAGUCGAAGCCAUCUCGCGCACAUCGAGUAGAGGACGACGACAGCCAGCUAGAAAAAGACAGCGACUGUUUCUCAAUCGUAAACAAAACAAACGCGACGAAUAAUAACGACGAAUAUAACGUGACAGUCGAAAUAAAUUUUAUACCCUGCACCUUUGAAAUAGACAACGGGUCUCACUUAUCUAUAAUAAAUCGGGAAACUUUCAAGAAAAUAUGA